AACUUUAAUAGUUACCCUUCUUCCGCACUUCUCCGCUGCCGAGAACCACAGCAAGCCUUCAAUUCAAGGCUUUAGCCGCCGGCAACAAUUGACACAUAUGCGUCUCUACGGGGCCAAAUUCCCACUCCAGCUCCAUCACCACCGUACCUUCAUAGCUGCCAAGGUUAAAUGGGUCCGCGACCCGUAUCUAGAUAAAGCAGUCUCCAAAGAAAAAGACCUUAAACAAGCCAUUUCUGUCAAGAACCAAAUCCUCUCCUCUCCUUCAAAAUCUCUUCCUCUUUCCUCCAUCUCCGUCCUCAAACCCCUCCUAAACCUCCCCACCACAGCCGUUAAGUUCUUCCAAAAAUACCCAACUCUUUUUACCCAGUUCCAGCCCUCUGCUUCGCUCCCUCUCCACGUCAAGCUCACCCCUCAGGCUCUCUCAAUCCACAAAGAAGAACAAGAGAUCCAUAAUUCUCCAAAUCAUAGAGAUGAUGCAGUUAAAAGGUUAGCUAAGCUUUUAAUGCUCACUAGGGCAACCAGAUUGCCUUUGCAUAUUAUUGACAGGCUGAAGUUUGAUCUGGGAUUGCCACAUAAUUAUAUCACAGCCCUUUUAUCAGAUUAUCCUGAAUAUUUUCAGGUUUGUGAGGCUCAAGAUUGUUUUAGUGAUAAAGAAACGCUUCAUUUAGAGCUGGUGUCUUGGAGAGAUGAAUUAGCUGUGUCUGAAAUGGAGAAAAGAGUGGCUCAUGGGGAUAUGACAAAUGUCAAGAAAGGGGAGCGUAUUGGGUUUUCUUUAAGUUACCCGAAUGGUUUUGAUCUGAAGAAGAAGGUGAAAGAUUGGGUUUUUGAAUGGCAAGGUUUGCCAUACAUAUCCCCUUAUGAAAAUGCCUUUCAUUUAAACCCCAAUGGUGAUCAAGCUGAGAAGUGGGUUGUGGCUGUGUUACAUGAGCUGUUAUGGUUGCUAGUGUCGAAGAAGACAGAGAAGGAGAAUGUGUUAAUUUUGGGAGAUUAUUUGGGGUUUGGAAAUAGGUUUAAGAAGGCUUUGGUGCAUCAUCCGGGAAUCUUUUAUGUUUCUAAUAAGAUUAGGACCCAAACUGUAAUGCUUAGGGAGGCAUAUAGGAAGGAUUUCUUGGUAAUAAAACAUCCUUUGAUGGGUAUGAGGUUUAGGUAUAUUCAUCUUAUGAAUAAAGCUAUUGAAAAGCCAAGAAAAGCAGCUGGUGGAGCUUUACGUUCUUGGUCGAAAAGGCGGGCUGCAUCAUCCAUCAAUAAAGGGGAAGAAAGAACUGUAAGAGAUAAAAGUUGGAAAAGAGAGGAAGAUAAGUCAAGUAGCUCUUCUGAUUCUGAAUUUGAGGAUUUGGACUAUUCAGCGUCUGAAGUUGAGGAUGCAAGUAAUGAUGAGGCAAAUGAAAUUGGAUUUGUGAAUUGAUAUGGUAAUAAUUGGUGACAUGUGAACAAGGAGGCAAAAGUUGAUACAGAACAUUGGAAUUCUGCUCAAAAAGGCCCUAUUGGAAGACACAGUCAGUUUGACAAAAUUCUGGGGAAAUAAGAAAUUAAGGGACUGAUAAGAGAAGAUUAACUAGAGAAAUAAAAAAGGCAGAUUGUUAAUUGAAAUAUGCAGUGAAGGGAUCAGGUUCUUUGCUUGCAGCUUAUUGGAUGGUGAAUUAACUUCUUCCUCUGCUUUUUAUUCGUUUUAAUCUGGAAAACCUGUCCAUUGAGCCAUCUUUUUGAGAUGUUUAUUUAACGAUGAAUGCAUAAGUAGUUUCCUUGCAGAAGAGAUAUAUUUGAUAGCAUCAUGUUUAUAGUAAUUGAUAUAUGAGCCAUCUUUUUAUUUGUUUUAAUCUGAGAGGUGGGUUGUGGCUGUGUUACAUGAGCUUUUAUGGUUGUUAGUGUCAAAGAGGACUGAGAAGGAGAAUGUGUUAAUUUGGGGAGAUUAUUUGAGGUUUGGAAAUAGGUUUAAGAAGGCUUUGGUGCAUCAUCGAUGAAUUCUUUUAUGUUUCUAAUAAGAUUAGGACCCAAACUGUAGUGCUUAGGGAGGCAUAUAGGAAGGAUUUCUUGGUAAUAAAACAUCCUUUGAUGGGUAUGAGGUUUAUACAUGUUCAUCUUAUGAAUAAAGCUAAUGAAAGGCCAAGAAAAGCAGCUAGUGGAGCUUUAGGUUCUUGGUCGAAAAGGUGGGUUGCCUCAUCCAUCAAGGGAAAGAAAGAACAGUAAGAGAUAAAAGUUGUAAAAGGGAGGAAGAUAAGUCAAAAGGCUCUUGUGAUGCUGAAUUUGAGGAUUUGGACUAUUCAGAGUCUGAAGUGAGGAUGCAGGUAAUGAUGAGGCAGUGAAAUUGGAUUUGUGAAUUGAUAUGAUGAUAAUUGGUGACAAAUGAACAAGAAGGGAAAAGGUUGACAUCAGAAAAUUGGAAUUCUGUUCGAAAAGGCCCCAUUGGAAGAUACAUCAUUUUGACAAAAUUCUGGGGACAUAAGAAAUAAGAGAUUGAUAGAAGAAGAUCCAGGGGAUCAAAUAGAAAAGGGCAGAUUGUUAUUUGAAAUAUGCAUUGAAGGGAUCAGGUUCUUUGCUUGAAGCUUCUUUGAUGGUGAAGUACCUUCUUCCUCUGCUUUUUAUUUGUUUUAAUCUUGGCAACCCUGUCAAUUGAGCCAUCCUUUUUAGAUGUUCAUUUAACCACAAAUACAUAUGUAGUUUCCUUGCACGAGAUAUAUUUGACAGCAUCAUGCUGUGCAAAGUUCACAUGUUAAGCAUGACUGAUAUAAUAUGUUAUUGUAAAAUGGACUUGGAGGAAUUUCACUUUGGAUUUUGGAUAACGGGAUCAUUUCACUGGAUCCAUCAUUUCUCGACAUGCCCUCUUGGCAUUUGCAAAACAGACUUGUUUGAAAAAUUAUGGUGGAAUUUGAAUUAAAUUUUAUCUAUGAUCUUUUUUAGCAGUCUGGGUAGAAUUUUUGUUGGUAUUGAAGGAAGCAUUAUGAAUUUAUUAUUGCAACCAAGUUUAUAGGCAUCAUAAUGUUGCGUCAACAUGCUCAGUUUGUAGUUGAAUACUCUAGUCGUUUCUGAUUUUCUUAUAUAAUGGAGGUGUUUAUUCCAUUCCUGUUAUCUAAUGUGACAUAGAUUGAGUGUUAAAAGUAGUACAUGAAGGUUUCUUCUUCUUGUCAUAACAUAAGCAGCAUGAAGGUCAGUCUCAUAUGUGGCCCAAGUUUCCAUUGGCUCAGGUUUAAUUAUGAAAAUUGCUAAAGGUUAAUGACACAGAGCAUUAAAGCCAAAGAAAGGUCUUUAAAUCAAAGAAGAUUUGCUUUGAACAUGAAGAAAUUCAUCCUUGUUAUUGGUGACCAGAGGUUUGGAAAGUUAUUGUGAAGCUCAGAUUGAGAGAUGAGCAAGGGAUGACUUUUGCAUGUUUGCAUGCGUAGAUGACAAACUUGAAAACCUCAAAAAGGAAUAUAUGCAUUAUGCAUUAGGCUUUAGGCAUGCAGCUUGAAUAUCACAUUGUUUGCUCCAGAGCUGCACGCUUCAUCUUACCUUUUUUGACCUGUACAUUUUGGAAUUGAACAGCCUUGUUUAUUUUCUGUAUGAUUGUAGCUUGGCAUAAAGAGUAAAUGCUGUGUUUUACAGGCCUUUUUGUGUUUUACAAGUUGGUGAUGUUCUUUCGGAUGUUAAAUGUGAACUUAAAGGAUGUGCAUUAUAGCAUGAAAUUCUUGUGAAUACACAA